AUGCAGGUAUGCAGCACUGAUAGCGCUAUCUCUUCAUCUACUUCAAACCCUUCUUCACCAUUUGUACCUGAUGACCCGUUGAUACUGGGCCUUGCGAGUCUUCCGCAGUGUUCGUUGCACUCCCCUUCGUCCUCGCCUUCAACGUUCAGUGAUGCUGCAAACUGCUCUGGCAUUAACUUUCAUAGCCAAAAUCAGAUAAACCAACCAUGCUUUGGUACCAUUGGAACUAUUGAAACCAGCCGGCCUAGUAUCUCCAGCUCCUUUACCUCCCUUAGUUUUGACAACUGCGGCUUUAUUUCUCGCUACGAAAGCAAUACGGCUACCGUGGCAACAGUGAUCCCGACUUCUUCAUGCAUCAAUUGCACCUCUGCCAACUCGACCUUGACUGUUAAUUGCUCCGAAAAGAAGAGCUCUCUAACGGGAAAAACAGAAAGUUCCUUGGCUAAAUCUAACGAUAGACAUAUUUCCUUUGACCCAACGACCGAAUUGAAUACGACCCUCCAACUUUCGUCGACCAGCACUGAGACCCCAAAGGUUCUCUCCUCCGGCACCUUCUCCUCUGCCCCAUCUUCCUCUUCCUCUUCCUCCUCCUCCUCCUCCUCCUCUUCCUCCUCCACCUCCUCUUCAUCCUACUUCUCUUGGUCAUCUACCAACUCAAAACAAUUGCAGCAAUCUAAAUUAUUUACUCUUAUCAAGACAACAUUGAACCGUUGGUUUGACUCCACUCGAUCCGGCAAAUCGACAGGUGCGACUCGAGGCACAUUAGUUGCAUCACGUCUCUCUCGUCGGGGUAUUGCUAACUUCCGGCAGAUUGCACAGGCUGCAGUCAGCGUGAUGGCAGAAGAGGCUGAUGAAGAUGCCGAAGUCAUGUCGCAGGAGGAGUCGGAAGCAAGCCAAAUUACCACAGCGGCUACGGAGUCCAUUGAGAGCAAGCAGAAAGAGGUGAUCGACAAAUUGUACGAAAGUACAACUCACAUCUUUACGGACGAAGAUGCCAACUGCCCUUCGCGAUAUUCCCUUGCUAGUAACCAGGAGACAAGAGCAGUCUUCCAGUCUGGAGAACAAGGUUUCGACCUGCCUGUGUGGUCCAACUCCGGCUUCAAGGAAAUGGAGAAGUCAUCAAGUCGUCCUUGUCUGCUAAAAGCUGGAGAGUCUGACGGGCAUUUUGAUCCGUUUGGUGCAGAUAAAGAUAGAAAACGGAUCAACACGACGGAUACUCUUUCAAGUAUGAAUCAUAUUUACGAAUAG